CGCGCUCGCUCCUCUUUCCCCCAGCCUCUUUGCUCCAGCCUCCCACCAGGGUUUAUCCACCGGCGGCGUGCGCGGCGGCGGCGAGAUGGUGCAGCGUCUGACCUACCGGAAGCGGCACAGCUAUGCCACCAAGUCCAACCAGACGCGGGUCGUCAAGACCCCAGGUGGCAAGCUUGUGUACCAGUACACCAAGAAGAGAGCCAGCGGGCCCAAGUGCCCCGUGACCGGGAAGAAGAUCCAGGGGAUUCCCCACCUCAGGCCUGCUGAGUACAAGAGGUCCAGGUUGUCUAGGAACCGCAGAACUGUGAACCGUCCCUAUGGUGGAGUGCUCUCUGGAACUGCAGUUAGGGAAAGGAUCAUCCGUGCCUUCCUGGUUGAAGAGCAGAAGAUUGUGAAGAAGGUGUUGAAAAUACAGAAGACCAAAGACAAGACUGCCUCAAAGUAACUCUGAAAUGGAAUUGAGCUCCUGUUCUGUAAACAAGGGGAGAUAUUUUUGUCAAUGGUGAUGAUCGAUGCCUUAGUCUCUUCUAGCUAAAUUUUCUAGUGUGUCGUGGCGACAACUGUUUGUAGGAUUCUUGAAAUCCUGUCUACCAUUGUGAUGUUGAAGGUUAUGAGACAACAAUGAUCCCUCUGUUGCUUUUGUUCACAUCGCCAAACAUCAAAUCAAAUUCACAUCAGUAAUGAGUUGGUUUGAGUUAGUGUCUAA